AUGAAUUUCAUAAUCCUGCUAAGCUGCUGUAGAGGAUGCAAUGAGAAACCAAAACUUUUACAACAUGGAGCUUUCACUCGAGCUGUACCAUUCAAGGAGGAGAAAUUCCAUAGGCAUGUGAGUGAUUCCAUUGCAAACAACUACAGUCCUGCAGCCAGAGACUUCUCAACGCAUUCCCUCCACAAACAUCAGAGCAACAAUGAGUAUUCUGAGCUAUACAGACUUGAGAAUCAAGUGGGAUUAUUAUGUCAGAAACCUCCUUAUCAGGAUCUCGGAAUUGUCAAGAAAAAGGAUACAAGCUAUACAUUGUAUAAGAGAAAAGCUCCUGGGUCCUGGAAUGAAGACCACAGUGAGCUUUUCAGCAAUGCAGCAACCCGGGGAACUGAAUGCCAGUCAGAAAACAGUGUAUCAUCCAAUUGCAUGCCUGCCUUUGAUCUUGGACUGAGAAACUCAGAACCUCUCCCUCCAAUCCAGAAGCAAAUAAAUACUAAGGAGAAGAGACAUCCCUCGAUUCAGAGCACAGACACUUCGAGACAGAAAAACCAAGGCGACUCUCAUUAUAAGAGCACAAAUGAACCUGUUUGGAUUGCAGACUGCAGCAAAUACCUGUCUCCCCCUAGGAGUUUGCCACUUCUUCCAGCAUCAUCAGACAACGCAGACAGCCCUGGCUUACAUAGGCCACUGUCUUUCUCUCAAGACAAAGCCAGUCAUUCUUUCAGCACACCUGCAGCAGAGCAGCACAGAGAACUGGAGGGGACUAAACACUCCACUCAGCCUGAAAGCCAGCCAAUCUCCGCACAUACUCGCAAGAAAUCAAAGCACAAAUCUCAUGAGGAUUGGAGACAGCAUGAUGCAAUGACCACAGCAGCUCUCAGUGUGAUGUUUCCUCCAUCGACCUACUCUACACACGGUCUCUCCAGACCAGCUACACCUACUGAAGGGCAUCUAGACAGAUAUUACAGACUUAUUGAAGAAUCCAUCGACCCUUGUAUGGUGUCUCCACUUAGUGCAGAAUGGCUUCAGGGAAUCUAUUCAUACAUACCAGCAGAACUUUGCAAGGUGUGCAGCAAAUCCCUUCAGGAUUUAACAAAGGAGGCAGAGGAAAACUAUAUCUAUGCUAUUAAGAAGUCCAUUGUAGACUAUAUAUUACUAGAUCCAAUGGAGCAACAUAGACUUGGAAUUAAAGUAUCAUCAAAGAUGUCUAACAGGGCUGGACGGCAUUAUUUUCCAUGGCAUGAAAGUGUUAAUACAGCACGUAUCAAACUGAAGAGCAACUUGCACAUCACACAUCCUAUCAUGUCCAAAGUGCUGCUUCACUUCUAUACAAAGUAUGCAAACUUUAGACUACUCAAUAUGGUCGCCCUUAUGAAUAUUGUGCCCAUGAAGCUGGAUGAGUUCAUAAAUCACAUAAGAAAUGAUGUCAGAAAGAAAUCUGAAGAACUCAAAGAGACAUGGCUUAGAGACUGCUGUAACACUGUGACUCAAAACAGAGAGAACAUAGAAUCUGAGAUGCCACAAGAUGAGAAGUUACGAAGGAAAAAGAUGGAUCACUUAUUCUGCUGCUUAGCGACACUAAUGUCCAAUCUUCAGCGAAGUAUAGUAGAAGCCUCUCUAAUGGACCUUGUGAAGAUGGUUGAAACAUAUGGUGAUGGAAACAACUAUGAAGGAAAUUACCCACCAGAUAAUCUUUGGCUCCCAGAGAAACCUCAUCUGAUUUUAUUAUUUAUGAAACCAUUCUUGAAAGAAUCGGAUGUCAGCUUUAAUCCAUCCACUGAAGAGAUUUUCUGUGGCUUUGACAACACAGUGGAUAGUUUGGUUAUCAGUGUCCAGCAGAUGGCAAGGAUUGAGACUUUUCUUUUCCAGGCUGUAGAUAAUCUGAAAAUCAAAUACAUCAGUUCAGUACAAAUCCAUGAAGAGAUUGUCCUGUCAGCAAAGACAAGAAUAAGGGCUGUGAUUGAAAACAACAUGCGUGGUCCAAGUAGAUAUGCCAAGGUGUACAAACCUUUUCUACAAAUGCUAUCGCCUCAAACUGAAAAGCGGCUUGAAACACUUGCGCAGAAAAAUGUCAGUCUUAAAGUCUAUGCCAGAGAACUUGACAACGUGAAAAAAUUGGCAUCAGAUGUUGCUUUGUUGCCAGUAUUUGUGCCCAUGAAGAUGAUGUUUAUGGAUUGCUUUGAAAUUAACCAGCGAUGGGGGGCAGGAGAGCCCAGAAGAAAAACGCCACGAAAGGCCCCCGAGCAGGAGCAAUUAGACGGCUCUGGGCGACGGAACCAACGUCACAGGGACGCAGCGCACGGGAAGGAGGAGAGGUUGCACCAUCAGCUGACGAGGCGCCGUCCCCAGGAGACCGAACAGCAGGAGACACGGAUGGACGAUUCAGCUCACCAGCAUUAUCGGGGACCUCGGACGAUUCCCACCAAGUUAUUGGGAUACAUGGAAGCCUCAAUCAAAGCAGACCUGACCACAAUUAGAACUGAGAUGUCCCAAGUACUAAAAAGGGUAGAGGACACGGAAGAAAGGCUAGAUGUGCACACCAAAGCGAUUCAGGAACUACAAGAUCAGUGCAGGUACAUGGAGAAGGGUAUGAGAAUUAUAGCAUACAAAGCUGAGGAUCAGGAAAAUAGAAAUCGACGGAAUAACCUGAGACUCAGAGGUAUCCCUGAAACCGUUGGUGACCGGGAAUUGGCAGACAAAAUUAGAGAGACUUUUAAUGACAUGCUUAAACGCCCCAGGACUACAGAGAUCAUUUUUGAUAGAGUCCACAGAAUGAGGCGCCCCAUAGCAAGCGGAGGAGAGAACCCCAGGGAUGUAAUAGUGCGGUUCCAUUACUAUGCGGAUAAAGCACAAAUUACGGAAAGUAUGAAAAACGCAUCAGAGAUGGUCAUGGACGGGGUCAAUAUCCAGGCAUAUGUGGACUUGGCACUAGAGACUUUGGCGCGCAGGAGAGCGCUUAAACCCCUGACCCAGGCCUUAAUUAGUAGGCAAAUCACAUACAGAUGGGGGUUUCCAGCGUGCCUCAUCGCAACGUACGAAGGUAGAACAGCAACCUUGCGACACCCGGAAGAUCUGGUGGAGUUCUGCGAGAAAAUGGACAUUACCCCUCCAGAGUUGUGCAAACAGAGGACCUCCUUGCUUAUCCCCUUGUCUUCUUUGUGUCUGCCUUGUUUCCUUAUCUUUUCUUGUAGCAGUAUACAGUGGGUGGUGUCGUUCACGGGGCUGGACUGGAUAAUGUUGGAUUAUGUGGCAAUUGAAUCGGUAGAAUCUGCAAACAUUCUCCCCAUGACGAUCUCAGAUCAUGCCCCUGUAGAAUUAACGUUGAAAAAUAAUAUCUCGUGGGGGAAACAAUAUAACUGGAAACUGAACGACUCUUUGUUACAUGAUCAGGCUGUGGUCCAGGAAAUUGGGGUGCUUCUGGAGAACUACUUCCAAGAGAAUAACACGGAGGGAAUGUCACUGGUAACGGUAUGGGAGGCACAUAAGGUGGUACUUAGAGUAACUGAGUUCUCCCUGCAGCCCCAUCCUCAGGAUGAGCCUGGGGAUGGGGCUGAGUGGGUGGAGAGUGGUGGUAAUACAAAGAUGUUUGACAGCACUCAGCUGAAGGGUGGUAGUGUAUCAAUUUAUCCACAGCAGCACCCCCGAUUCAUGGGUACCCAGUACCAGACCACAUUCCCCCAGGCACACCACUACUGGGGGAUGUUUGACAGCUCCUGGGAACACAAACUAUCACACAGUACUGCUCAUAUCCCCAUGGGUCCAAGUGCAGUCUGUUUUAAUAUCACUCCACAUGAAGGCACAACUCUUUUUGAAGUUUUGCAUCUUGGUCUUGAAAAAUACCUUGAUGAUUUAAAUCAGAUCAGCUCUCAAGCUAGUAAAGAGUACGCUCUGGAGAAAGCACUGAACAAAAUGGAAACGGAUUGGGAGGAUGUGUGCUUCAUCUUUUCACCCUACAAAGAUGGAAAUAGCCAUGUACUAGCCGCUGUUGAUGAAAUUCAGGUUUUGCUAGAAGACCAUAUUGUAAAAACUACAACCAUGAAAGGCUCUCCAUUUAUUGCACCAUUUGAAAAAGAAAUAUUAGCUUGGGAAGCUAAGUUGCGGCACUUGCAGGACACUUUGGAUUCCUGGCUCACAGUUCAGAUGGCCUGGUUGUAUCUGGCGCCGAUUUUCAGAUCAGCGGAUAUACGUAAUCAAAUACCAGUAGAAGGGGCGAAAUUUCAAACUGUUGAUUUCAAUUGGAGGCUAAUAAUGAGGGAGUCUGUGGAGAAGGCCAAUGCCAUGAGGGUUAUCUCACAGCCCCAGAUGCUGGAUAAGUUGAAGGAGGCAGAAUUGCUGUUGGAUGACAUUCAGAAAGGCCUGAAUGAUUAUCUGGAGAAGAAAAGGCUAUUCUUUCCAAGGUUUUUCUUUCUGUCCAAUGAUGAGCUGAUAGAAAUACUUUCAGAGACAAAAGAUCCACUUAGAGUUCAGCCACACCUUAAGAAAUGCUUUGAAGGCAUCGCAAAACUCACGUUUAAUCCCAAGAAGGAAAUCACUCACAUGGAGUCAGCAGAGAAAGAAAAAGUGGAGCUUGUGACGAGAAUAAUUCCAGCAAAUGCCAAGGGGCUAGUUGAGCAAUGGCUUCAUGAGGUGGAAAAGAUUAUGAAACUAUCUCUCCAUGAAGUUAUGAAUCAGUCUAUUAAAGCCUAUGCAAAAUCUCUAAGAAAAGAAUGGGUUCUUCAGUGGCCUGGACAAGUUGUUUUAGCAUCAAGCAUGGUUCACUGGACAACAGGAGUCUCAAAGGCUUUUGAUCAGAAAAGAGGACUGCAGAACUUUGUGGAACAAUGCAGUGAGCAAAUUGAUGAAAUUGUAAAUCUAGUCCGAGGAAGGUUAACAAAAAUGGAACAAAUAACACUGGGUGCCCUGAUUACCAUCGAUGUCCAUGCUCGAGAUGUUGUUUUCAAUUUGAAUAAUCGUGGGGUUGCAAACUCGUCAGAUUUUGGCUGGAUUGCACAAAUGAGAUAUUAUUGGGAGGAAAACAGUGUUGUUGUCAGGAUGGUUACCACAACUGUACCUUAUGGAUAUGAAUAUUUAGGCAAUGCAGGAAGACUUGUCCUAACACCUCUGACUGAUCGUUGCUUCAGAACUCUAAUGGGAGCUCUUCAACUAAAUAUAUGUGUUGUUUUUAACUGCUCUGAUGGACUAGACUAUAAAGCCAUGGGGAAAUUCUUCAAAGGUCUGGCACAGUCUGGAGCUUGGGCAUGCUUUGAUGAAUUUAAUCGUAUUGAGCUGGAGGUGCUUUCUGUAGUUGCCCAGCAAAUUCAGACCAUUCAACGUGCCAUAUCAGAACAGGUGCAGACCUUUGUGUUUGAAGGUACUGAAAUAUGUUUGGACUCGUCAUGCACAGUAUUUAUUACUAUGAAUCCUGGAUAUGCAGGAAGAGCAGAGCUGCCAGAUAACCUAAAGGUUCUGUUUCGGACUGUUGCUAUGAUGGUGCCAGAUUAUACAUUAAUUGCUGAGAUUUCUCUGUAUUCCAUGGGUUUUGUUGCAGCACGCAGCCUUGCUGCUAAAAUUGUGGCUACAUAUCGAUUAUGCUCUGAACAGCUCUCUUCCCAGCAUCACUAUGACUAUGGAAUGAGGGCAGUUAAAUCUGUGCUAACAGCUGCUGGAAACCUGAAGGUUAAAUUGCCAGAUGAAAAGGAGGAUGUGCUGAUGCUUCGAUCAAUACGUGACGUUAAUCUGCCUAAGUUUUUGUCCCACGACAUUCCGCUUUUUGAUAGCAUCAUUUCUGACCUUUUCCCUGGGGUUAUUGUGCCAACUCCUGACCAUGGCAGUCUGGAAGUGUCCAUCAGGGAAAUCACUAGGAAAAUGAAUCUGCAGCAGGUCCCAUGCUUCAUCAAGAAGAUAAUACAAAUAUAUGAAAUGAUGCUAGUGCGACAUGGAUUCAUGCUGAUUGGAAAUCCGCUUGGGGGAAAAACAUCUUCACUUAAGGUCCUUGCAGGAGUUCUGAAAGAUUUAGAAAUAAAAGGCCUUAUGGAUGAACAUAGAGUGGACUAUAUAUUUAUUAAUCCAAAAGCUAUCACAAUAGGACAGCUAUAUGGCAGUUUUGAUCCAGUUUCUCAUGAGUGGAUUGAUGGGGUUUUAUCAAAUGUUUUUCGAAAUCAUGCUACCUGUACCACAAAAAGACGGAAGUGGUGUAUAUUUGAUGGACCAGUAGAUGCCGUGUGGGUGGAAAAUAUGAACACAGUCUUAGAUGAUAACAAGAAGCUUUGCCUAAUGAGUGGAGAAAUUAUUCAAAUGAGUCCACAGCAGAACAUGAUCUUUGAGGUGCUAGAUCUUGAGCAGGCAUCACCAGCUACUGUGAGCAGAUGUGGAAUGAUAUAUAUGGAAGCAAAAGACUUAGGAUGGGAGCCUCUGACUGAGUCAUGGUUAGCUGCAAAACUUCCAGCAUUUUUUACUGCUGAAGAAAGCCAAAUUGUGCAGUCAAUGUGCAGAUGGCUACUUCCAGUUUGCUUAGAUUUUGUUGAAAAAAAGUGUACAUUUGUAACAAAGACUUCUCCUAUGCAUCUUACUAUGUCAAUGCUGAAGAUCUAUGAAUGUUUACUGGCAAACAUAAGGUCUGCAAAAUCUGGCACAGAAAAUGAGGAAGAGGUCCUUGAUAUUGAAGAGACAAGAUCUUCUGUGCACCAUACUGUAAAAAUAAAUGAAGAGGUAAAAAAUGCAAUCCUAGCUUAUGGUUUCUUCGCAGUUAUUUGGUCUGUUGGAGGAGUUCUUCAUCCAGAUUCAAAGAAAAGAUUUAGUGAGUAUUUAAAAAACCUUUGUGACCAAGAUCCCACCAGUUUAAAACCAAAAGGUCUUCAAAUCCCAAGAUCUGUUCAGUUACCAAAAGCCGAAGAUGUUUAUGAUAUAGUCUACGUUAAGAAGAAGUUCUCUGCUUGGUGCCUGUGGAAAGAUCUUGUUACUCCAACUAAAUUUGAAGACAUAAUCAAGCCUAGUAUAAAGGACAAUGAAAAGGAUGUGCAUCUGAUGCUUAAUGACAUUAUAGUAAGCACGCCUGGGACUGCUAUGCAGAUGUAUUUCCUGGAGACAUUGCUGCUUCAAGACAAGCCAUUACUUUUUGUCGGCCCCACAGGCACUGGAAAGACAGCUAUUACAAACAGCUUCCUGCGACACUUACCCCAAGAAAAAUAUGUUGUAUGUCAAAUUAACUUCUCAGUGCAAGCUUCAGCUAAUCAGACCCAGGACAUCUUCCUAACAAAACUCGAAAGGCAAAAGAAGAGGGUGUACGGUACUCCACCAGGGAAACAAGCUUUUGUCUUUGUUGAUGACCUAAACAUGCCUGCCAAGGAGAAAUAUGGUGCCCAGCCUCCCAUUGAACUGCUGAGGCAAUGGAUUGACCAUGGCUACUGGUUUGACAGGAAAGACACGAACAUGAUCGAAAUCAAGGACACGUCUCUUGUGCUGGCAAUGGCACCUCCUUCUGGUGGAGGAAAUGCAGUAACACCUCGCCUUCUACGACAUUUUAAUGUUCUCUCAAUUGACGCCUUUAGUGAUGAAACCAUGAAGAGUAUCUUUCAACCAGUUGUUGACUGGCACUUCAACAGCGGUUUUGACACAUCACUGAAACGAUACUCCAGGAUAUUUGUGUGGGCCACAAUGGAUCUCUACAGACAAGUUAUGGCUUCCUUUCUGCCCAUGCCUUCAAAAUCACAUUAUAUAUUCAGUUUAAGGGAUUUCUCCCGAGUCGUACAGGGAAUUAUACUCUUGAAACCCACUCAAGUAGACCAGAACUCUGCAGCAGCACAGAAAUUAAUGAGACUUUGGAUUCAUGAGGUCUACAGAGUGUUCUGUGACAGGCUUGUCAACAGUCAGGACCGAAAGACGUUUUUCCAGAUAGUGAAGAAUGUUGUACAGUCCCAGUUUAAAGAGAAGAUGAGCAACCUCUUUACUCAUUUGGUGAUUGGAAGAAAAGUGCAAGAUGAGGACAUGCGCAAUCUUUUCUUUGGAGACUAUGUUUUCCAUAAAAGUUCAGUAAAGCCUGAAAAGCAUUAUGAUGAAAUUGCAGCCAUAGAGGAGCUUAAAAUUUGCAUGCAGCGAUACUUACACCAGUACAAUGCAAGCAGCAAGACCCCAAUGAAUCUAGUAAUGUUCCAUUUUGCAACAGAGCACAUUUCUAGAAUAAGCAGAGUUCUAAAACUCCCAUGUGGGCAUGCUCUGCUGAUUGGAAUUGGGGGGACUGGACGGCAGUCAGUCACAAAGCUGGCUGCAUUCAUGGCAGAUAUUGAGCUCCAUCAAUUUAGUAUUCAGAAAUCAUACACAGUCAGUGAAUGGAGGGACGAUCUGAAAAAGGUGCUGCGAGCUGCUGGACAAAAUGGGACUCCAACUGUGUUUCUGUUUGCUGAGCAUCAAAUAAAGGAUGAGUCAUUUUUGGAAGACAUCAACAUGAUCCUGAGCACUGGUGAUGUUCCUACCCUGUUUAAUAAUGAAGAAAAACUGGAAGUCAUGGAAAAGAUGCGUCAACUUUUGCCAGCUACUGAGACUCAGAAUGAAAAUACAACAUCUGAUCUGUACAGGAUAUUCAAAGACCGCAUCAGAAGAAACCUCCAUAUUGUACUGGCCUUUAGUCCUACAGGAAAAGCUUUCCGUGAUCAGCUUCGUCACUAUACAUCUCUAGUAAACAGCUGCACAAUCGACUGGUUUCAGGCAUGGCCUGAAGAUGCACUUGAAAAGGUGGCAAAUCAUUUUCUCGACGAUGUGGAAAUGUCACAGGAAAUCAGAAAUGAAGCUGUGUUCAUGUGUCAUCACUUCCAUCAGAGUGUUGUUUCACUCUCGGAAAGGUUUUUCCAAAUGCUUCAGAGACAGAUCUAUGUCACAUCAACAUCUUACCUUGAGUUAAUCAAGACUUUUAAGAAUCUCUUAGAACGUAAGAGGCUCGAGCUAUUAACCAGCAAGAACAGAUACAUGGUUGGACUAGAAAAGCUGGAUUUUGCUUCUUCACAAAUAGCAAUCAUGCAACAAGAGCUGACAGAGCUAAAGCCUAUGUUGAUUGAACGAAGCAGCGAGACGGAGGAGCUGGUAAACAUUAUCGCAGAUGAGACAUUGGAGGUGGAAGCAGUUAAAAGUUUAGUCGAAGCAGAUGAGGCAACAGCUAACAAGGCUGCUCUGGAAGCCAAAGCCAUUAAGGAUGAAUGUGAGCAGAAGCUAAGUGUUGCAAUACCAGCAUUUAAUGCAGCAAUUGCGGCACUGGAUACACUGAAGGCCAGUGAUAUUGCUCUGCUGAAAACUAUGCAAAACCCACCCUCGGGAGUUCGACUUACUCUGUCUGCAAUUUGCAUUCUAAAGGGGAUUAAACCAGAUAAAAAGGGAGAUCCAAGUGGAAAGUCUGCAGAUGACUACUGGCCUGCUUCUAAAAAGAUGUUGGGAGACAUGAAGUUUUUGGACUCCUUAAAGGAAUUUGAUAAAGACAAUAUUCCACCGAAGGUUAUUGCCCAGAUAAGAAAAGAUUUUAUCAGCAAUCCGGAGUUCCAGCCAGCUGUCAUUAAGAAUGUCUCUUCAGCCUGUGAAGGGCUUUGUAGCUGGGUCAGGGCCAUUGAAGUCUAUGACAAGGUUGCCAAGAUUGUGGCUCCAAAGCGUCAAAAACUGGAAGCUGCCGAGGCAGAUCUGAAAAUUCACAUGCAGAAUCUGAAAAUAAAAAGAGAGGAACUCAAAGAGGUGACAACCAAACUUAAAGGACUGCAGGAUCAAUUGUCUCAGAAACUAGCUGAGAAGAGAGUCCUGGAAGAAAAUAUUAAUAUGACAAAGUUGAAGCUGGACCGAGCAGAAAAGCUAAUUAAUGGACUUGGUGGAGAAAAACAACGGUGGAGGAGCAUAGUCACACAACUGGGAGACACGUACCAGAACAUUGUUGGAGAUAUGUUGCUAAGUGCUGGUAUUGUGGCCUAUUUAGGUCCAUUUACUUCAGAAUUUAGACAGGAAAUAUUAAGAAAAUGGUUCAAUAUGUGUAGAGACAAACACAUUCCCAUCUCUGAUGGAUUUGCACUCUCAAGCACCUUAGGAGAUCCUGUGAAAAUAAUGGAAUGGCAAUUUCAUGGGCUGCCAAAAGAUAGUUUUUCCUUAGAAAAUGCCAUUAUUGUGACGUCAGCUCAACAAUGGCCUCUUAUGAUUGACCCUCAAGGCCAGGCAAACAAAUGGAUUAAAAACAUGGAAAAAAUCAAUAAAAUUCAAAUCUGUAAAGCAACAGACACAGACUAUCUUCGGGCAGUUGGUAACAGUAUACAGUUCGGGACACCCGUCCUGAUAGAAAAUCUCACUGAAGAGCUUGAUCCAAUUUUGGAGCCUGUGCUGCUGAGACAGACGUUUAAACAGAAUGGAGUGGAAUACAUCCGACUUGGGGAGGCUGUUAUUCAUUACAGCAGGGAUUUUAAACUCUAUAUGACCACCCGCCUCCGAAAUCCUCAUUACCUUCCUGAAGUGUCUGUCAAAGUCACUCUGAUCAAUUUCAUGAUCACACCAAUAGGUUUAGAGGAUCAACUGUUAACUAUACUUGCUGCAGAAGAAAAGCCUGACUUGGAAGAAAGGAAGUAUCAGCUAUAUCUUGAAGGAGCAACAACCAGAAAACAGUUGAAAGAGAUAGAAGAUCAGAUUUUGGAAGUGCUAUCUCUGUCACAAGGAAACAUCUUGGAGGACGAGCGCGCUAUUGACAUUCUUUCCUCAAGCAAGAAGUUGUCCCAGGAGAUCCAGGAGAAACAAGAAAUAACAACUAAGACAGAGAAACAAAUUGAUGAAACCAGAGAUGGCUACAGACCGGUUGCCAACCAUUCCAGUGUCAUAUUCUUUGUCAUCUCAGACCUCGCGUACAUUGACACCAUGUACCAGUUUUCUUUGGCUUGGUAUAUUAACUUGUACAUAAAUGCUAUUAAGAAAAGUGAACCCUCUCAAAAGCUUCAAGAAAGAAUAACUUACCUUAAUGACUAUUUCACAAACAGCGUAUAUGAACAUGUUUGCCGUUCCCUCUUUGAGAAGCACAAGCUGCUAUUUUCUUUCCUGCUGUGUGUGGGUAUACAGAGAAACAGAGGUCUGGUAAAUUAUGAAGAAUGGCAUUUUCUUCUCACUGGUAGCGUUGCACUUGAGAUCCCCCGAGCUAAUCCAGAUCCCAUGUGGUUGAAGGACAAAUUUUGGGGUGAAAUUCUACGACUUUCCAGUUUACCGAUUUUUGGUGGAUUGGAUGACCAUUUCUACUCAAAUAUAAGACAGUGGAAAAGCAUAUAUGAUUCUUCUCAACCUAAUGAGAUGGAACUACCAAACCCAUGGGAAGAUCUUUUGACUGAUUUCCAGAAGUUGCUGGUUCUACGUUGUGUAAGACCUGACAAGAUCAUUUCUGCAGUCCAACAGUUUGUCACUAACAAGAUGGGUCCCGCUUUUAUAGAUCCUCCAACCUUUGACCUGCGGCAUAGUUACAUGGGAUCCAGCUCUAGCACACCGUUGAUAUUUGUGCUGUCUUCCGGUGCUGAUCCUUUACAGUUAUUAAUGAAAUUUGCAGAAGAAAAAGACAUGGGUGGUAUCAAUCUUCAGACUAUUUCUCUGGGCCAAGGUCAAGGCCCUAUUGCUCGAAAAAUGAUUGAAAAGGCAGCAGAAGACGGGACAUGGGUCGUACUUCAAAACUGCCACUUGGCCACAAGUUGGCUCACAGAGCUUGAACACAUCUGUGAAGAAGUGAUCACAGAUCCUGAAAAGACCAAUUCCAGCUUUCGCUUAUGGCUGACCAGUUACCCCUCCCAAGAUUUUCCUGUAUCAGUCUUGCAAAAUGGAAUAAAGAUGACCAAUGAACCCCCAAAGGGACUAAGAGCAAACUUGCUCAAGUCAUACCUCAGCGAUCCAAUUUGCAACCCAGCUUUCUUUAAUGGCUGUAACAAACCUAAGGUUUGGAAGAAGCUGUUAUUUGGAUUAUGCUUUUUCCAUGCACUUGUUCAAGAGAGAAGAACAUAUGGAUCACUUGGCUGGAAUGUGUCUUAUGAAUUUAAUGAUUCUGACCUAAAAAUUAGUGCCAAACAGCUUCAGAGGUUCAUCAAUGAUUAUGAACAGACCCUGCUAGAUGCUGUCAUUUAUCUUACUGGGGAAUGCAACUAUGGAGGAAGAGUCACAGAUGAGCACGACAGGCGGCUUCUGCUAAGCUUGCUAGACACAUUUCUUUGUGAAGCUGUAAUUACCGAAGACGAUUACGCAUUUUCUCCCAGUGGAAAAUACUUUGCUCCAAAGAAUGGUACCCAUGACGCCUAUAUGGAAUAUAUAAAAAGUCUUCCUCUCAACGCCGAUCCAGAGGUGUUUGGGCUGCACAUAAAUGCAAAUAUUACCAGGGAUCAGAAGGAAACAGCUAAACUGUUUGAUUGGAUUCUAACAACUUUACCUAAACAGACAAGUGGAGGUGGAAAAUCAACAUCUGAAGUCGUCCACGAACUUAUAGAUGACAUUCUGUCAAAAAUACCAGAGGAUUUUAAUAUAGAGGAAGUCAAGAGACUUUAUCCUACUCAGUACACAGAAUCUAUGAAUACAGUGCUGGUUCACGAGUUAUUGAGAUUUAACCGAUUGACCUCUACCAUUCGCAUGAGCCUGCAAGAUUUAAACAAAGCCAUUUCUGGUCUAUCUGCGAUGUCAAAUGAACUUGAUGAUUUGCUCAAUAGCAUGACUGUUGGUAAAGUUCCUACUGUGUGGUCAGCUAGAUCAUAUCCUUCCUUGAAGCCUUUAGGUGGCUACAUAGCAGAUCUGUUACAAAGACUGAGAUUUUUCAAGGAGUGGAUUGAAAGGGGAACACCAAAAGUUUUCUGGAUCUCUGGCUUUUACUUUACGCAGUCUUUUCUGACUGGAGCACUGCAAAACUAUGCCAGAAAAUACAAGAUUCCUAUAGACUUGCUAGGCCUCCAGUUUCAAAUAACUGAUCAUGACAAUGUGAAUAUUAUUGACUCAUCACCGUCUGAAGGCACAUAUAUCAAUGGCCUCUACAUGGAAGGAGCAAGGUGGGAUCGUGAUAAACACGUGAUCAGUGAAUCUUUUCCCAAAAUUUUGUAUGACAGCAUGCCUAUUAUAUGGCUCAUUCCUGAAGAAAACAUAGCUGAAAUGGAUUCCUUCUAUCAAUGCCCAGUUUACAAGACCAGUGCUCGACAUGGAGAGCUUUCCACAACUGGACACUCUACAAAUUAUGUUCUCAGUAUCAACUUACCAACAGAUAAAUCUCCAAAUCACUGGGUGAAUAGAGGGGUGGCUUGCCUCUGUCAACUGGAUUACUAG